GCACAGCUGAUGGAAGAGAGGCACAUCUGCACUGACGUCACCCGCCCCCCCUCUUCAGCCAAUUUGAAGCCGUCCUGGAUAUGCCAGGUCCUCUGCGCUGCGCAGUGAGGAGAAGCAGCUCCCAGCCAACUUUUUGCUGCCGUUUGAUGCACUUUUCUCCCCUCCCUCCCCUAUCCAACCUUUCAGAGCUGCGCUGAGCCACAAGCAUGAACACAAAGUCCAGAUUAUAAAGGAGAGCAGAUAGACUUUAAAUGGACCCUUCUGCUAUUCAUUCCUCUGAAUAAGCUGAAUAAGGGCUUUUUAAAAGUUUUUCUUUUUUUUGGGUUUCUUUCUCUUGAGAGUGUCUGGACUACUUGCUGCUCUGGUGUCCGGGCUGAGGGGGGAGAACUCAUUGCAGAUUCAGAGGAUGGCACAGUUCAAAAAGGAGAUGAGAAGAGCAUAGUGGAGGAGGUUUGUGUGCGGAACUUUAAAGGCUGCAGAGGACGUCUGUGCAGAGCCUCACUUUGCACACUUGGACCGGAGCUGACAAUGAAGAUGAGCGCGGUAAAGCUCUGCCAACGCUCCUCCUCACCUCUCGGUGUCUGCUGAGAACAGGAGUGCAGAUGGAUCCGUCAGGACAGGUUUCCAAGACAGAGCUCCUGAUUUGAACUUCUACCCGAGACCGAUGGAGGACGGAGUUUCGAUGCACGCUGCUGAUAUGCAUCCAGAGGCCUGUGAGAUGUGGACAGGCUCGCCUUCGGGGGAAAUCUGAGACCCGGAUGAGCCACAGAACAUUCGGCGGGAGGCGUUUCAGCGAAGAAGAGAAACCAUGGACCUGUUACGGCGUGGCCUCAGACUGACUUUGUGCCUUUAACCCAACCGUAGCCCCCUCUACCUGCACCCCAUGUCACAGCCUUCCCUGAAUGAUGGAAAUAUUGUGGAAGACGCUGACUUGGACACUAAGCCUGGUGGUGAUGGCUGCUUCCGAAUUUCAAAGACUUUCGCAAAGCUCUCAAGAGGAGUCCGUGUCUUACCUGCAGCACUACCAGCUGACCGUCCCGCUGCGGGUGGAUGAGGACGGGAACUUCCUGAGCUACACUGUGAAGCACCAGCGGCCGGGCCGGCGGAGGCGUGCGCUGGGGGACCCCGCCGCGGACCCCCCGGAGUCCCGCGUCUUCUACAGACUGUCGGCGUACGGGAAGCACUUUCACCUAAACCUGGCACUCAACCCCGACCUGGUGUCAAAACAUUUCACCGUGGAGUACUGGGGCAAAGAGGGCCCCGAGUGGCGUCAUGACACGGUGGACGACUGUCACUACGUGGGAUUCCUGCAAAACCAGCGCAACACCACCAGAGUGGCACUCAGUAACUGCAAAGGACUGCACGGCGUUAUAACGACAGAGGAAGAACAGUAUUUAAUAGAGCCUUUAAAGAACACAUCCUCCGCCACCUCCAGCGAAUGGAACCUGGAAGGAGCUCAGCAACAUGUUAUUUAUAAAACGUCUGCCAUACCCUCACCGCAAGAGCGAAGCCAGGAGUUCAGCUGUGGCAUUUCAGACCUCAUUAAAAGCAACGCGCCUUGCCAGUUCAGCACGCCCUCCCCUGUCCACUUGUCCCCCGUCCCUCGAAACGUCAGCGAGCCGCCGAACGGCGCUCACAGGCAAAGGCGGUCCGUCAGCUCCGAGCGCUUCGUGGAGACGCUCGUGGUAGCCGAUAAGAUGAUGGUCGGGUACCACGGCCGCAAAGACAUCGAGCACUACAUCCUGUCUGUGAUGAAUAUUGUUGCCAAACUGUACCGUGAUUCCAGCCUGGGAAAUGUUGUGAACAUUAUUGUGACCCGUCUCAUUGUUCUCACCGAAGAUCAGCCAAACUUGGAGAUUAAUCAUCAUGCUGACAAGUCUCUGGACAGUUUCUGUAAGUGGCAAAAGUCCAUCCUGUCUCAUCACGGCAGUGGGAACAGUAUUCCCGAGAAUGGGAUGGCUCAUCAUGACAAUGCUGUCCUAAUCACACGAUACGACAUCUGCACCUACAAGAACAAGCCGUGCGGGACUUUAGGCUUGGCCUCCGUGGCUGGAAUGUGCGAGCCGGAGAGAAGCUGCAGCAUCAAUGAAGACAUCGGCCUUGGCUCGGCUUUCACCAUCGCACACGAGAUAGGCCACAAUUUUGGGAUGAACCACGAUGGGAUCGGCAACGCCUGCGGCACCAAAGGCCAUGAAACAGCCAAGCUGAUGGCCGCUCACAUAACGGCCAACACCAACCCGUUCUCCUGGUCCGCCUGCAGCAAAGACUACAUCACCAGCUUUCUCGACUCAGGUCGGGGAACGUGUCUGGACAACGAGCCUCCAAAACGAGAUUUCCCGUAUCCAACCGUGGCCCCGGGGCAGGUGUACGAUGCUGACGAGCAGUGCCGCUUCCAGUAUGGAACAUCCUCCCGUCAAUGCAAGUAUGGGGAAGUGUGUAGAGAGCUCUGGUGCCUUAGCAAAAGCAACCGCUGUGUAACUAACAGUAUCCCGGCUGCAGAGGGGACUCUGUGCCAGACUGGCAGCAUUGAGAAAGGGUGGUGUUACCAAGGAGAAUGCGUUGCGUUCGGCACUUGGCCUCAGAGCACAGACGGAGGCUGGGGGCCAUGGUCCUUAUGGGGAGAGUGCAGCAGGACCUGUGGAGGCGGCGUUUCCUCCUCCAUGAGGCACUGUGACAGCCCAGCCCCAUCUGGAGGAGGCAAGUACUGUCUUGGAGAGAGAAAACGAUACAGAUCCUGUAACACUGAUGCGUGCACAGCUGGAUCUCAGGAUUUCAGAGAGAAGCAGUGUGCUGAUUUUGAUAACAUGCCUUUCCGUGGGAAGUAUUACAACUGGAAGCCUUACACUGGUGGCGGUGUGAAGCCCUGUGCGUUGAACUGCUUGGCAGAGGGCUAUAACUUCUAUACCGAGCGCUCCCCGGCUGUGGUGGAUGGCACCCGGUGUCAGGCUGACUCUCUGGACAUCUGCAUCAACGGGGAGUGUAAGCAUGUGGGCUGCGACAACAUCUUGGGCUCUGAUGCAAAAGAAGAUCGAUGCCGUGUGUGCGGAGGGGACGGCAGCACCUGUGAGGCCACGGAGGGGCUCUUCAAUGAGUCUCUGCCCAGAGGAGGCUACAUGGAGGUGGUUCAGAUCCCAAAAGGAUCAGUUCAAAUAGAGAUUAGAGAAGUCGCCGUGUCAAAGAAUUACAUAGCUCUAAAAUCUGAGGAGGAUGAUUACUACAUCAACGGAGCAUGGACCAUCGACUGGCCCCGGAAGUUUGACAUCGCAGGGACGGCCUUCCACUACCGGAGACCCUCUGAUGAACCCGAGUCUUUGGAGGCGCUGGGACCGACCACUGAAAACCUCUUUGUUAUGGUUCUCCUCCAGGAAGAGAACCUAGGAAUCCGCUACAGGUUCAACGUGCCCAUCCAGCGGACAGGGAGCGGUGACAAUGAGGUGGGCUUCUCCUGGCACCACCUGCCUUGGUCUGAGUGCUCGGCUACCUGCGCUGGUGGCUCCCAGAAGCAGGAGGUGGUGUGUAAGAGGCUCGACGACAACUCUGUGGUGCAGAACAGCUACUGUGAGCCAGACAGCAAACAACCUGAGAACCUGAGAGACUGCAACACUGAGCCGUGUCCUCCAGAGUGGUUUAUCGGCGACUGGUCAGAGUGUGGAAAGUCGUGUGAUGGCGGGACACGGACCAGGACCGUCCUGUGUAUCAGGAAGAUUGGGCCUGCUGAGGAGGAGACACUGGAAGACACUUUCUGCCUGACUCAUCGACCUGUUGAAAGAGAGUCCUGCAACAAUCAGUCCUGUCCCCCAAAGUGGAUAACUCUGGACUGGUCCGAGUGCACACCAAAGUGUGGCCCGGGCUUUAAGCAUCGCAUUGCCUUGUGCAAGAGCAGCGACCUUACAAAAACCUUCCCGCCCACCCACUGCCCGAGCCAGAACAAACCUCCAGUCCGAAUGCGCUGCAGCUUAGGACGCUGUCCUCCUCCUCGCUGGAUCCCUGGUGACUGGGGACAGUGCUCCGCUCAGUGCGGCCUGGGCCAGCAGAUGAGGUCGGUUACUUGCCUGUCCUACACCGGGCAGCCAUCAAAUGAGUGUCCAGAAUCCCUCCGGCCCAACACCAUGCAGCAGUGCGAGAGCAAGUGUGACGCCACCCCGAACUCCAGCAGCGACGAAUGCAAAGAUGUAAACAAAGUGGCUUACUGCCCGCUGGUUCUGAAGUUCAAGUUCUGCAGCCGAGGCUACUUCAGACAGAUGUGCUGCAAGACCUGCCAGGGGCACUGACCCCCCCGGAGCCCAAAAGCAGCGAGUAGUGAUGAAGAACCAGAGAUGGAUUAAAAAGGCAAAGAAGACGGAGGGAUGAAGCACUGAGCGUGUGUAAAAGGAAAAAAAAUGAGGCAGAACCCCAAAACAACAACAACAAAAAAAAAAACGCUACGUUUUUGAGCGUUGGAAGAGGAAAAAGAGACCAGAGGCGCUGGCCGGACGAAAAGAAGAAAGCUUUUCCAUUUUUCCUGCCCUCCUUCCUGGUGGAAACUAAACCACUGCUCAGCCCGUGACGCUGAAACAAACUUUUCUUUAUUAUUAUUUUUUUUCCAUUUAAUUUUCGCUUCUGUGAAGUGGAAUUUGGCAGAUUUAAUUGUGGAUGAUAUUAUUUUUAUUAUAAUAAUAAUUGAUGAUAUCAUUGUGAGUCUUCCUGCAUGUUUGUCGUGUCGUAAAUCCAAAGGGCUGGACGCAUCGCCUCACACACGAUGCACCCAGGAGAUGAACAAAAAAA